CAGGCUCAGCAUUCAGUGACCACAGGCUGAUUAUUGUAGUUCUGCGCUGUGUGCUCAGGCAAAGUGAUGGAUGGGCGAGCAGAGAUGGAGGUAAUAAGAAGCACAAAAGGGAAUGGAACCGGGGAGGUCAAUAUCCACUUGGUUGAGAAUACAGUGCAAAAUGCUCAUGUACCAGCAACCGCCUUCAUCAUACCAGCAAACACAACCACUGUAAACAUUCCUGCAAGCACCUUAGAAAUCCAGCGAUUCCCCCGGGAACCCCAGAAAAAUCUGGGGGCAGAGAGGCAAAGAGAGGGUAUGGGAAAUGAGCCAAUCACUGCAACAGUCAUUCCCCAGAUCAGUGGAGUACAGACCUGCAACACUAUCCGGGUUCUGGAGUGGAAAGAUGGGGUAGCCACACUCCCAGGAAGCAACCUAAGGUUUCGAAUAAAUGAAUAUGGGACACUGAAAGUGGUCAGUGCUGACAAGCUAACGCCUGUGGAGCCCCUCAAGGAGUGCCAUGUGGAAAGAGAUGGAGAUGUUGAGAUGGCCCCUACCAGCAAGGACAAUCCCAUUGUGGCUCAAGAUUUGGUUGUUCCGGAGCCACCCAAGCUUCCAGGUGUGGACAGCAUGUGCCAUUGCAGUACCUGUGGCCGGAGAAAUGUUUCUGGGUCAGCACAGGAAGGCAGGGGGUUUUGCAGUGAAAACUGCCACCGACAAUUCAAAGAAAGGUCUGUCAUUGUAGAGAAUUCUGCUGGCAGCACCAAUUCCACUGAAAUCCUCAAGCCAGUGAAGAAGCGGAAAAGGAAAGAUUAUCAGAGCCCUUCAGAAGAAGAAGAGGAGGAGUCUGAGCAAACGGAAGUGAAGCAGGAGGAGUCAAAUGGCUCUGGAGGAGAACCCCCUGCUAGCAACACUGGGACUGAAGAAUGGAGCACAAGUCAGCUAGUUUCAGUUGAGGAGAAGACAGAAGGUUGGUCUUGGGUAUCCUACCUGGAAGAACAGAAAGCCAAUAGUGCCCCUUUAAAUCUGUUUCAGGAACAUCAGUUGGUCAACCAGCACAAGAACGGUUUCAAGGUGGGGAUGAAGCUCGAGGGGAUUGAUCCUCAGCACCCUUCUAUGUACUUCAUUCUCACUGUGGCUGAGGUAUGUGGUUAUCGGAUGCGCCUUCAUUUUGAUGGCUACUCUGAAUGUCAUGAUUUCUGGCUGAAUGCCAACUCCCCUAACAUUCAUCCUGCUGGCUGGUUUGAAAAAACAGGGCACAAACUACAGCCACCAAAAGGAUGUGUAGGUUAUAAGGAAGAAGAAUUCAAUUGGGCCAACUAUCUGAGGAUAACCAAAGCUCAGGCAGCUCCCAAGCACCUCUUUGUGACUCCCGACAGUAAUGCUGCUCCAACAGGAUUCCAAGUGGGCAUGAAACUUGAAGCAGUGGAUCGUAUGAAUCCUUCUUUGAUAUGCGUUGCCACGGUGACAGAUGUGGUGGACAAUCGCUUUUUGGUGCACUUUGAUAACUGGGAUGACACUUACGACUACUGGUGUGACCCCAGCAGUCCCUAUAUCCACCCAGUUGGUUGGUGUCAGGAGCACGGAAAACCCCUCACACCUCCUCAAGACUACCCUGACCCCGACAGCUUCAGCUGGGAAAAAUACUUAGCAGAAACAGGUGCUUCUGCAGUGCCAACUUGGGCCUUUAAGGUGAGGCAACCUCAUGGCUUCCUAGUCAACAUGAAGUUGGAGGCAGUAGACCGAAGGACUCCCUCCCUGAUUCGAGUGGCUAGUGUUGAGGAUGUCGAAGACUACAGGAUAAAGAUCCAUUUUGAUGGAUGGAGCCAUAUCUAUGAUUUCUGGAUUGAUUCCGAUCACCCAGAUAUUCAUCCUGUGGGAUGGUGCUCAAAAACAGGACAUCCAUUGCAGCCUCCUCUCAGGCCAAAGGAGCCCGUCUCUUCUGCCAAUGGGAACUGCCCAACCCUGGCCUGCAAGACCCUCCCCAGCACCAAGAGUUCCAAAUACAGCUUUCACAGGAAGUGCCCAACACCUGGUUGUGAUGGCUCAGGCCAUGUGACAGGCAGAUUCACAGCUCACUACUGCAUCUCAGGGUGCCCCCUAGCCGAGAAGAACCAGGGAAGAGUGAAGACUGAUCUCUCGGAUACAGAGAACUCGGUUCGAAAGAGGAACCUAAUUGGCUUCUCUCAGCGGAAGAAAUCGCGACACCAUGGAAGAGGGCGACCUCCAAAAUACCGGAAAAUUCAGCAGGAAGACUUUCAGAACAUUUCUUCAGACAAUAUGCACCAAUCUCUUUUCAUGUCGGCCUUAUCAGCGCACCCAGACCGUUCCCUGUCUCUCUGCUGGGAGCAGCACUGUAAGCUCCUGCCAGGAGUGGCUGGUAUCACAGCUUCUACGGUGGCCAAAUGGACCAUUGAUGAGGUUUUUAGUUUUGUACAGACGUUGACGGGUUGUGAGGAUCAAGCAAAACUCUUCAAGGAUGAGAUGAUUGACGGAGAGGCGUUCCUUCUGCUGACUCAGGCUGACAUUGUGAAGAUCAUGAGUGUCAAGCUGGGCCCAGCACUAAAAAUCUACAAUGCCAUCCUCAUGUUUAAAAAUGCUGAUGACACCUUAAAGUGAUCCACCUUGAGCAGCGUUUGACUUCAUUCUACAGGAGCUGCCAAAACUCUCUUCCGUCUGUCUCAGCAGAGUGGAGACCUUCCUGACUUGCUGCAGCUGUAAAAUCCUGCCAACUUUGAGUCCAUCUUUGUUUACAUGCCAAAUCCAUCCCCUGUCUGUUUCUCUUCCUCUCUUUCCCAUUGAUCUUUCUACUACUGCCUUCCCAUGCCUAGCAGUGGAGCUCUAACAGUGUCCUGCCUGAAGCCACAGAUGCAACCAAGUUCUUCUCCUGACAUUUUAAAGUCACAGAACGGGGGGCUGGGACUAGGUUUGCUACUGGAUCUAAGCUACCUUGGAUUUAAACCUUUAACUUUUGACUGCCUAGAGUUUCACUCCACAAAGUGUGCCUGGGUUUAGAUGAGGAGGAAGAUAUCUAUAAAUGAGUGAGCAGUACAGCCAGUUAACUGAUUUCAAAUGGCAUCAAAUACUUGGAAGCGAUAUAACAUCAGUCCCUAAUGUUCAGGGUUUUGACCAUGAACUUUUCUGGGGGCAGAUGAUACUAUAUCCAGAGACUUGCUGAAGAACUGGGUGCUAGUCCUUCUAGGACAAACUAUUGGACUAAAUACACUGUAGAUGUAACGCACCUUAGCAAUUCUGGAUUCACUGCUGCUACUGAAAAAAAAAGAUAUUUUGGUGCUCACAAUUUAUAUACUUGUAAAAUUGCCAUGUUAACCAUGAAG